CUGACUGUAAAAAAGAACAAAAACUGCGAAUGAAAAGUGUUUGUGGGAAAGAAAUUAUAGCCUUUUCAUGUGAUUUUCUGAAUUUGUGUUUGUGCAAAAUUCACUGUAGACUGUGUUUGUUUUAAUAAAUAUUUUUGGAGCAACGUUCCCAAAAAAACGUACCGCUUGGUAGUAAUAUGAGUAAUGUUACCAACCAAAAUGGAACAGGUCUAGAGCAGCAGCUUGCUGGUCUGGACUUGCAGCCUCAGGCUCCUAAAAGUGCUGGCCGCUACAUCCCUCCGCAUCUGCGUAGGCAAUUGGAGGCUAAACCUGCUGAAGGAGAAGGGUCUAAGCGUCAAAGCUUAGACAGCAACGAGGGACGGGACAACCGUUCAUCAUACGGAGGCAACUCUAGAACGUACGACCGUGGUGGUCGGCGCGACGACCGCGACCGUGACCGCGACCGUGAAAACGAUCGCGGCUACGAUCAGCGAUACCCGCGCAGUAACCGCGGUCGUGAAGCAGGAUAUCAGAAUGGCGAUUCAGAUCGCUGGGAGUCAGACCGUUGGUCGGAGCGCGGGCGCGGCGGUGGCGGCGCGAGCGGCGGCGGGGGCGGCGGCGCGGGGGGUGCGCGCGAGUCCCGCGACAUACGCGAGACGCGCGACGUGCGCGAGCCCCGCGGCGAGUCGCGCGACAUCCGCCGCGACGAGGACUACACCGAGCCGCCGCAGCCGCGGAACGACCGGUGGAAGGAGCCGGAGCCCCGCGCGGACGAGCGAUCCAACUCCCGCUGGCCAUCGGACGACGUGCGCCGCACCUCGUCUCGCAGGGACGAGAAUGAUUGGACGGUCCCGUUACCUCGCGACGAGCGGCAGGAGUUGGAGCUCUUUGGCACUGGCAACACAGGAAUCAAUUUCUCCAAAUACGAGGAUAUACCGGUUGAGGCCAGCGGCGAGAACGUACCGGACUUCAUUACAAGCUUUGAGGAUGUUAACCUGACAGAAAUAAUGCGGUCGAACAUCUCCCUCGCACGCUACGACAAGCCGACGCCGGUGCAGAAGUACGCGAUUCCGAUAGUGCUCGGCCGCCGCGAUGUGAUGGCGUGCGCGCAGACCGGCUCCGGCAAGACGGCCGCCUUCCUGGUGCCCAUACUCAAUCAGAUGUAUGAAGCUGGGCCCGUCAAACACAUGGGGACAUUCCAGCGACGCAAGCAAUACCCGUUGGGGCUCGUGUUGGCGCCGACUCGCGAGCUCGCCACACAGAUUUAUGAUGAAGCCAGAAAAUUUGCCUACCGCUCCCGUGUCAGACCUUGUGUAGUAUACGGCGGUUCCCCCAUCCACGAACAGUUCCGCGAGCUGGAGCGCGGCUGCCACCUGCUGGUGGCGACGCCCGGGCGCCUGGUGGACAUGCUGGCGCGCGGCCGCGUCGUGCUCGACCACUGCCGCCACCUCGUGCUCGACGAGGCCGACCGCAUGCUGGACAUGGGCUUCGAGCCGCAGAUCCGCAAGAUCGUCGAGUGCCACACGAUGCCCAAGACUGGCGAGCGGCAGACGCUCAUGUUCUCGGCCACCUUCCCCAAGCAGAUACAAGUGCUUGCGCAGGACUUCCUCUACAAUUACGUGUUCCUCGCCGUCGGCCGGGUGGGCUCCACGUCAGAGAAUAUUACACAGAAGGUUGUAUGGGUGGAAGAACAAGACAAGCGAUCAUUUUUGUUGGAUUUAUUGAAUGCCUCCAAUUUGUUGCAACGUACGCGCUCCGAGGAAGAUCAACUCACUCUAGUCUUUGUUGAGACAAAGAAAGGCGCGGACCAGCUGGAAGAGUUCCUGGACCGCGACGGGUACCCGGUGACGUCGAUCCACGGCGACCGGUCGCAGCGCGAGCGCGAGGAGGCGCUGCGUCGCUUCCGCUCCGGCCAGACGCCCAUACUCGUCGCCACCGCCGUCGCCGCUAGAGGUCUGGACAUCCCGCACGUGCGGCACGUGAUCAACUUCGACCUGCCGUCCGACGUGGAGGAGUACGUGCACCGCAUCGGGCGUACCGGCCGCAUGGGCAACCUCGGCGUGGCUACCUCCUUCUUCAACGACUCCAACCGCGGCCUGGCCAGGGACCUGGUCGAGCUGCUGGUCGAGGCCAAGCAGGAUGUGCCAAAUUGGCUGACGAGCACGGCGGCGGACGGGCGCGCGGGCGGCGGCGGGCGGCGCGCGGGCGGCAGCCGCUCGGGCGGCACGCGCUUCGGCGGCAGCGGCUUCGGCGCGCGCGACUUCCGCACGCAGCCGCGCCAGCAGCCGCGCUCCGCCGGGCCCUCCACCAUGGGCAACGUCGGAUAUUCAGGUUUCGGCUACGGCGGCGGCUCGUACGGCGGCAACUACGGCGGCUCGUACGGCGGCGGCGGCGGCGGGGGCGGCGGCGGCGGCACCGACUGGUGGGAGCAGCCCUAGGUCACUACCAUCAAACGACGUCGAUACCAUCAAACGACGUCGAUAUCAUCAAACGACGUCAAUACCAUCAAACGACGUCAUUCCUAUCUUUUGAUGUCACUACCAUCACAUGACGUCACUUUCACUACCCGACUAGCAUACAUGGAUUACUUCUUAAUUAGAUGAUUUAAACAAACGGUUUUGCCGCAAUGUGUUAAAUUUAUUUAUUAAUUGUAUCUUCAAAUAUGUUGUGUCUAUGUUAAAACAAGGAGUGUGUAAUAAUAGUAUAAAUAAAAAUGGUAAUGUUCACUGGAAUAUAGUGAGAUUAAAUGUUACUAAAAAUUAUUUGUAUUAAAUAUUUGCUAUAAAGUUGUUACGGAAUCGAUUUUGCCCAAUAAUGGGUGAUUGUGUCUAGUAGACUCUGUAAUAACUUUGGUGGAACGAAAUGAAAAGCGAAAUAUAUCUUAAAUUAAUUGAAUCUUUAGUUGUUUAGUUUUAUCCUGUCCUAAUAUUGUUUAUUUUGUACAAAGUUUUCCAUGUAUGUAUCAACAUUUUAUAGAUAACCAUCUCUGUAUGUGAUCGUCACAAUAUGAAUUAUUCCCUAUAGAUAGACGGUGUUACUAGCACGGCACUCAGACGGUAAAGCAAAAUUUCCCAGUUCGCAAUAGUUCACACAAAUGGCAAGUUUCAAAACGUUACAAUCUGUCUGGGCGUCGUGCACGUCUUGUACCGUAAAAUUAAGUAAAUGAAUCAUUAUUGUAAUAUUAUUCGAUUAUUUUCCUCCGCGCGUCGGAUUAAAUUACCCGCGAACUAUUUAAGUAUAGUUUUAAAUGUAAUUGUGAUUCAGGGCGGUGCGUACGUGUGCGUGCGUCGCGAUCGUUGAAUCUCAUGCGCGCCGAACGAUCGCGAACAAUGUUUUAACAAUAUUUUUAAAAUAUUUUAGAUAGAUGUCGUCCCGGGCAUUUCCCGCGAUGCCCGUGAAAGCGAAUCGCGAUCAACGCGGGGCCAAAUGGAAAGAGCUACGUUUAAUUUCCAUCGCACCAGUACUGGUCGCGUUCCGCAAUUUAUUCUUUCAGUAACAAUUAUGUGGAAGUAGUCGAUUAAUAUAGAUUUUUUGAUGUUCCAUCUGUAUCGUGGAUUCGUCUGGAUUGUAUUGAUGCUAUAUUGUAUUUCGAUUUGUCUUUUCCGAUCUGUCUCCUUCACGAUUUUCGACAAUUUUAAGCAUUUACGCACCUAAGUCGAUGUAGCUAUUCGAUGCAGUAGAUGAUAGUUGGAGUACCGAUACAGUAUCAUAGUAAAUGUUAUCUAAAUUUUGUCUGUAGAGAUUCCAUAUUGUAACAUCUGUCACCAAUGUGGUCUGUAAUUUGAAUGUGAAUUUACAAAUAAAAAAUGAAACUGAA